ACGCAAGUUUUCGCGCUAAAGUUCAACUGUUUCUCUAGUGAGUUCUACACCGUCUCUGUCGGAUUAUCAGCAAGAUGAAGUUCUGCAUCGUUCUGUUGACCGUCGUCGCCGCCGUGUGCGCCGAAGAAAUGGCCGAAUCGUCGAAAGCUAAGCGUGGCGUGCAUCUGAGCCUCGGAUAUCAUGCCUCCCCGGUCCUGUCCCACUCGUACGUGGCCCCCGCACCGAUUGUCGCCCACUCGGCACCACUGGUUGCGGCCGCUCCCAUCUACCAUGCUCCGAUCGCCAAGACCUACGUGGCCCAUGCUCCGGUGGUGCAUCAUAGCUACCAUGCCUAUCAUGCUCCCGCAUAUGCCGCUUACGCCCAUGCCCCGGUUGCCGUCGCCCAUGCUCCCUUGUACCAUGCCUACCAUCGUCGCUGAGAAUGGUCCCGGUUUGCCGUACAGAAUCGGAAGCAAUCGGUUCGGCUUAGCAUUUAGAUCGUUUAGUCAUAGUAUUUAAAAGAAGAAGGAAAAAAACAGAAAAGUGUGUGUGUCAGCAAUUCGGAAAAAUGUGAACCAAAUUAUAUACUUUCGAAAAAUAUAAGUGAGUCUGAAAA